UGGCGACCAACCCCGCUCUCCCCUAAAGGCAAACGUCUUCAGCAGCUUGUCCACUUGUGAAUGGAGGGGUGCGCGGUCACGUUGAUUGCGCGCUCUCGCUGCAUGCGCUGCAGCCAGGCAAGCAAGCAGUCAGCGGCGGACAACGACUGGAGCGCUGCAGAGAACGGAGCACCCGGACCACUUUUAUUGCGAGGACCUGCUCGAAGAAGCCAGAAUGCAAAGAACCUUGAGAACAAAGAAAAUUCAUCCGAAGGUGGAAGAGAAGAUGGAUAUCGGGGCCUUGUGUGUUUCGUUAAGGUGUUGCUGGAGGCGAGGGUGAUCAGACAAAAGAAGGACCUACAACCCAGACGAUCUGUUCUCCCUCCUCCUUCGUCAUCAUGGAAUAAACAAGGAGGUGGAGAAUGCUGCAAGAUGCUCUGCAAGCCAGCAGCAAUUGGCGACGCAGUCUAAAGGCUGAAAGUAAAUAGUGGAGAACAAGAGGCGGCUUCUUUCGUGCUGCUUUGUCUUGGCGCGCCAAUCAGUGGGGCCUCCAUCUUCCUCCAUAAUGUGCCUCUUAUUAAGAGGUGGGAUUCUUCUUUUUAAAUCCCCAUUGAGUGAGGACUGGGUUGCCUCCAAUGCAAAGAAGCCUUAAAACCAAUUAUCAACCACGCUCAAGGCCACAGUUGAUCGUCUCAGCUGUAUAACAAUGCAGGAAUCAUUUAAACGAGAAUGUAUGGGAUACUACAAGACUGCGCCGAUCUCCAUCAGGCAAAAUGUCUGUUUAGCGCAUUUCCCCAUCCCACUCUUCCUACUCAUCUUACUCACGACUUCUCCGGCUAGAAGCAUACACAUGGAGGCCAUCGAGAGCCACAGCGAGUUCAGCUGUGAGCCCAUCCGACUACGAAUGUGCCAGGAUCUGCCUUACAACACCACCUUCAUGCCCAACCUCCUCAACCACUACGACCAGCAAACAGCCGCGCUCGCCAUGGAGCCAUUCCAUCCCAUCGUAAACUUGGUGUGCAGCCCUGACCUACGGAUGUUCCUGUGCGCGCUCUACGCUCCAGUGUGUGUCGUGUACGGACAGGUGUCCAUGCCAUGCCGUGCUCUCUGCCAACGGUCCAAACAAGACUGCGAGAGAUUAAUGGAAAUAUUUGGACUCAUCUGGCCGGAUGAUAUGGAGUGCAGCAGGUUUCCAGAUUGUGACGAGGCGUAUCCUCGCCGAGAGGAUCUGCAGAAAGGUUCAGACCCCACCGACCAGUCGUCCAUGACCGUCCAGAGAGACUUCGGCUUUUGGUGCCCAAGAGAGCUGAAAAUAGAACCAGAGCUGGGUUACUCAUUCAUGGGCAAGAGAGACUGCUCUGCUCCUUGCCCAUCCAUGUACUUCAGCCAACAGGAAGUGACCUUCACACGAUACUUCAUUGGGGUCACCUCUAUCAUCUGUUUGUCCGCAACGUUGUUCACCUUUCUAACCUUUCUCAUUGACGUCACCAGGUUCAGAUACCCAGAGCGACCCAUCAUCUUCUAUGCUGUGUGUUACGUCAUGGUGUCGCUUGUGUUCUUCUUGGGCUUCUUGUUGGAGGACACCGUAGCGUGCAACACAGUCAACCACACUCAGUUCAAAGCUGCAACUGUAACACAGGGCUCGCACAAUAAGGCGUGCACCUUAUUUUUCAUGAUCCUCUACUUUUUCACCAUGGCUGGCAGCCUGUGGUGGGUCAUCCUGACCAUCACCUGGUUCCUGGCGGCCGUGCCCAAAUGGGGCAGCGAAGCCAUCGAAAAGAAAGCCCUCCUCUUCCACGCUGUUGCCUGGGGGCUCCCGGGGGCCCUCACCGUCGCCCUAUUGGCCCUCAACAAAAUCGAAGGCGAUGGGAUCAGCGGAGUGUGUUUCAUAGGACUCUAUGACAUGGACGCCCUACGGUGGUUUGUUUUGGCACCGCUCUGUCUCAACUUGGCGGUGGGCGUCUCGCUUCUUUUGGUGGGGAUCGUGGCUCUGAAUCGCGUGCGCAUGGAGAUCCCCCUGGAGAAAGACAACCAAACCAAGCUGGUCAAGUUCAUGAUCCGAAUGGGCAUUUUCUCUGCGCUCUAUUUGGUGCCCUCGCUGACAGUGAUCGGCUGCCACGUGUACGAGCACGCCUACCGCCGCGUGUGGGAGACCACCUGGAUGGAGGAGAACUGCCGCCGCUAUCACAUCCCCUGCCCGUACAAGGUGGAGGAGAACAGUCGACCAUCCGUGGCUUUGUUCCUGACAAAGUACUUGAUGAUGCUGGUGGUGGGAAUUCCCUCCGCUUUCUGGGUGGCCAGCAAGAAGACCUGCUUUGAGUGGGCCAGCUUCCUGCAUGGGCGCAGGCGGAAAGACAGUGGAGUGAAUGAAUCUCGCCAGGUGCUACAAGAGCAACCCGAUUUGGCCCAGUCACUGCUGCGUGAACCCAACACGCCCAUCAUAAGGAAGUCCAGAGGAACGUCCACUCAGGGUACGUCCACUCACGCUUCUUCCACUCACCUGGCUGUUCUGGACGACCUGGACGAGCCCACGAAAAACCAACAGCCCGCUUCCACCCGGAGCAAAGCCGGCAGCGUCCACAGUAAAACCAGUCACCACGGCAGCCUGCGCCGCUGUCGCGACGACAGGAGCGAAACGGUGGUCUACAGAGGCGUCGAGGAGCGAGCUUUCCACGGCAGCGCGUUGCGUCUGGACCACCCGUUGUCAACACACGGUAGCCAGAGGGACGUGAGCGAAGCAGCGUCCGCGCUGAUCACGCACGGAUCCACGGCCAAUGAGAGCCACGUUGCCGACAAUGACGCCACCAGCGCCUAACGACCGCACGGUCGAAGACUGUGUUGAACACGUGCACUACGUGCAUGGACUUGACUUCAUUUCAAGCAAGCACGCUAACACACACGUACAUAAUACAACAUACACAAACAUUAUUGCUGUUAACAAUCUAAACGGCUUGCCCACUAAUUUCUUAAUGAUUGUUGGCAAACUUCAUUUGUUCGUGGACCUAAUGUGAACUCGUGGACCUCUUUGUGCGUUAUUUCGACUAUUUUUAUACUGUGAACAGUGUGCGUGCGUAAAUAUGAGCUUUAGAAGCUCAGUGGAAUUAAAACCAUCACAAUUUGGCUCUAAUUUUUGUACUCUGUUUUGUAAAAAUAUACAGCUGCAUCCCAACAAAUUAGGUUUCAUGCACACCACAGGUCACUUCCAAUUUUUUCCCCAUGCCGUAGCCUAUCUCAUAAUUUGAGAUAAUUCCGUUGUGCUUCAAAGGCACUGUAAUUUAAGCAUUCACCGAAUUAAUAAAAUAUGGAAAAAAUACAAUAAUUCCCAAUUUUAAUUGUAUAAUUGAGACAUUAAUAUUUAUGGAAAUGCAUCUGUAUAUACUGUACAAUUUUAUCUUUCAUACAGAAGAGACAAUGAGUUGACAACUUUCAGUACACUUGAUAAACUGAACCGCUAUAAAUGUUUCUUUCGCGCCUCCUACUAUACUGGACAUGAUCUCAUUUUGUAAAUAGGACUUUCCGUUCUUGUGAACCUACCUCACCUGUGUGAUCUGCCUUCUGUGCUCCAAUCAAAAGCCACUUCAACAUUUUCAGAAUGCACACAUGCUCGACCACAAACAUUCUUGAUCCUCGUCGACAACGAAUUUGCCUUCUGCCUAUCCUGCCUGUAAACAAUAUAACAUACAGAUGACUGAAAAUUGGGAUUGGGGGAGUACUAUUUGUGGAAGAUGUGUUCUUUUUUUUUUUUAGGUGUCUUAUUGUGAUAGAAGUGACUGUGAAGGCAUUCAAUGUUAAUUUCACAUUGGAUCAAAAACUUCAUAUUGUAAAUGAAAAGACUCCAUUUUGUUUUAAUUUAUUUGGCAUUUGGAAUUUGCUUUAACUACUUUUACAUGCAAUCUAAUAAACUUUUUGUAUGGA